GUCCCUUCUGUCAGAAAGAGUUCUUCAUUGUAUGGACUGUGGCAUGAAAAAUACAGCAGAGGGAUUUCAGGUGUAAGGAAAGGAAAGAAAUUCAGACUGACCUGAGGAAAAAUGCUGCUUAUUAGGUGUCUUUUAAGCUUGGCACUAUCUUUACAAGUAAUCCAAUUUGGAAAUGGCUGUAAGGGGGAGAAUUGUGAUGAUAACCCAGACCAGAAAAAUCCAAACACUUCCUUAACCACCUUUAAUGAUAUAAAUAAUCUCAAUUCUGAGAGGAGGAGAAGGAACCCCUCUGAAGUCUUACCUUUCAUUGGGCUUACAGAUGCCAGCAAACUGAACAGAAGCUGCUGUCAGAAUGGAGGGACCUGUUUCCUGGGGAGUUUUUGCAUAUGUCCAAAACACUUUACUGGCAGGCACUGUGAACGUGAUAAACGGAUCAGUAGCUGCGGUGCCAUUGGCCAUGGAGAGUGGACCCAGGAAGGAUGUUUGUUCUGCCAAUGUGUUUAUGGGAUUCUGCACUGUUUCCCUCAAAACCAGGAAGAUGGUUGUGGUCCUACAAAGAAAAACAUGCCUGCUUGGAUUCAUCUUGGAAUGAGUUCUGAAGGACCAAAACUUCAACAGACAACAGACAUCCUUAUAGUUUCAUUACUGUUUCCUCUGCUUUGUCAGCUCCUCUAAUGAGUAACAAAGAUAAGAAGCAAGAAAGGUAGUUACUUUAACAAUGAGAAAGUAACAGGAAUAUGAAGCCUUUUGUUUUAUCUUUAAUUGUAUAAUGGCAAGUAGGAAGAACUGAUUAUCUGCACUUGGUAUUAGUGCAUGGAUGCCAACUGACUGCUUUAUUAGAUGGGUGGUUAGGAAAAGAACAGAAUUUUUAUUUUAUCCUACAACAAAUCCAUCUAUUCCUGUGCAUUAAAACAGAGGCUAUAAGUAUGUCUCUUCU